AUGACGAUCAACUCAACAUAUCCCAACAUGGCAAACAUGACGGAAACAUAUUUUUAUGAGGAUUUCUUUGAUAAAAUCGGAAAUAUGUCUUAUUAUGAUCUGUAUUCUGUGAAACAUAUUCCAUUAUGGGAGAUUAUUGUGAAAAGCAUUUUUGUUUUGUGUAUAAUUGUGAUUUCGUUAAUUGGAAACAUAUUAAUUAUUGUGAUCGUAUUUAGAAACAGACAAAUGCAUACGGCAACCAACUACUAUAUCGUAAAUCUAGCUGUAGCGGACCUAAUGGUGACUGUUUCCUGCACGUGGGUGGCUUUAGUAGAGGAUCUCACUACAGACUGGGUACUAGGUGCUUUCUUCUGCAAGUUUAAUACUUUCAUGCAAGUGUUGUCACUGGUGGCUAGUGUGCUAUCCCUCACUCUCAUAGCUUAUGACCGGUUCUUUGGAAUUGUGUUCGCUUUGCGCGCUCACAUGACGGAAAAGAGAGCUCGGACAUCUCUCAUAGUCAUCUGGCUUUGUGCACUAGCUGUCACCAUCCCUAUCCUUCUCUACCGGAAGUUGAACGUCCGCCAUUGGUCGGAUCACUUGGAGAAAUGGUGCGAUGACGAUUUUCCAACAUCGACCACGAUCAUCAACAAUGUGACGGUGACAAAACAGACGUCCAGAACAGCGUACUACGUCAUCGUUUCUGUGGUUCUAUAUUUUGUUCCCAUGGUUGUCAUGACAUUUGCGUAUUCCAUAAUAAUCAUGAAAUUGUGGAUAAGUACGAUCCCAGGGGAAAUAGUUGAUAAGCGAGUUGAAGCCCAGGCUAGAACUAAGCGCAAGGUUAUCGUUAUGCUGGUUGUUAUACUGGUCGUAUUCGCUGUCUGUUGGCUUCCGUGUCAGGUGAUUUUACUAUACAGUGAACUCCGCCCCGACAAGGAAAAUAGGCUCGGGGACUGGUUCCAAGACCUUCAGUUCUCUGGGUACUGUAUGGCGUACUCAAACAGCGCCCUUAACCCACUAAUCUACGCUGGCUUCAACGCUAAUUUUAAACGUGGUUUGGAGGACGUGUGGCGUUGUGUUUCUUGUAAAGAGAAAGAGAAUCAUUCCAAUGGUAAAACAUACGGCACGUACGAGCUAACGGCAACCACCGCCACUCACGUGUGA